AAGCGGACCACUACUCGUCCUGCCCCGGUAGGGAGACGACACCGAGCCACUGGUGCUCAAAAGGACCGGCCGCAACUGAAUAAGCGGAGAUUUCCUCUGGGAUAAGGGAAAAAACUGGAUUUAAAGGGGGAAAUAGACCGUCAUAUGAUUAAUUUUUUUUGGUAACAAGAACCGUUUUGGAGCUGAACCGGCCGGGCUCGCGCACUGUUACGGCACCGCAGAAGGAGUCCGUCAAGUGCGGUGAAGUUUGUGCGUAUCUUGGGUUGUUCGCAACUUUCUCAGGGUUUAUGAAGUAGCGUAAAGGUAGGUUAGAAUUAUCACAAACGGAAGUUAGUAAGCCACUGCAUCUGAAUAUGGUAGCGGCAGUACAUUUGUUAUUACAUUGCUUUUGCGGUAGGGUUAGUUUUGUAGAAACAGGCGUUGCGCGUGAGGAUGCGUCUGUUUUAUGAAGUGCACUUUGAAGGGUACUAAUUUAUGCGGCGACUUUGAUGUUCAUUUAAUGAGGCGCGCGCUCUCAUGAGUAACAGCCGCUACUGAUAACAGACAGAGCACACACAGUAGGGCGGAGGGAAAGGUGAGGUGGUGGGGAGACGCUGGAGAGAAAAAUAAUUAAACUUUACAAGUAUUCUCGCAUGUGAGUGGGAAGGUAACACGGACAUUUAUGGAGGGUCAGCUCGUCGUGGGGUCCUGACUGUAAAUAGAUAUGGAUAUGGAGCUCUGGUCCAACCUCUGAAGACACUAUUGGCUCUUAUUUUUUGGCACUUGAAGUGUUCAUUAAAGCUUUAUAGCACAAAAAGCAGUAAUAUUAGACUACAAGACAAAAACGAACUGUGAACACUGCCGGGAGUGAACCACGACGACGGUCAACCGCCAUGGCCUCCUCCUCCUCCUCCUCUUCUUCCUCCGGCUCCUCACGGGACAGUUGCUUCUGGUUGCUCUGGAGACGGACCCUCCUCGCGCUCUGGUUGUGCGCCGCCGGAGCGCACGGAGCGGAGGAUGACAGCACUUUCAACGCAGAGUCAUGGCUGAGGAUGUACGGUUACCUGCCUCAGGCAAGCAGACAGAUGUCGACCAUGCGAUCAGCCCAGAUCCUGUCCAGUGCCAUCAGUGACAUGCAGCGAUUCUACGGUCUGGAGAUCACUGGACAGAUGGAUCCACAAACCAUCAGUGCCAUGAGGAGACCCCGCUGUGGUGUGCCUGACAAGUUUGGAGGUCAAAUCAAAACCAACGUGAGGCGGAAACGCUAUGCCCUCACUGGACAUAAAUGGAACAAGAACCACCUCACUUACAGUAUCCAGAACUACACUCCAAAGAUCGGCGAGUAUAACUCAUAUGAGGCCAUCCGACGGGCUUUCAAAGUCUGGGAGAGGGUCACCCCGCUGACUUUUGAUGAAAUCCCCUACCAGGAGAUCAAAUAUGGACGCCGCAAGGAGCCUGACAUUAUGAUUUUCUUCGCUUCGGGUUUUCAUGGUGAUAGCUCUCCAUUUGAUGGGGAGGGGGGCUUCCUUGCCCAUGCUUACUUUCCUGGUCCUGGAAUGGGUGGGGAUACACAUUUUGACUCAGAUGAACCAUGGACUAUAGGAAACCAGAACCUACAAGGUAAUGAUCUCUUCUUGGUAGCAGUUCAUGAGCUGGGCCACGCCCUGGGUUUAGAGCAUUCCAACAACCCCCUGGCCAUCAUGGCUCCUUUUUACCAGUGGAUGGAGACUGAGAACUUCCAGCUUCCUGAAGAUGACCGGCGGGGUAUACAGCAGAUAUAUGGUCAACCAGACAGCGGUCCCACUCAGGCAUUACCCACAGUAACACCCCGUCGCCCAGAGCCCAGACCCCCUCAGUCACCCCCUCGACACCCAGACCGCCCCAGGACCACUGAUAGACCAGAUCACUACGGACCAAAUAUCUGUGAAGGCAACUUUGACACCGUUGCUAUGCUCCGAGGAGAGAUGUUUGUUUUUAAGGGCCGGUGGUUCUGGCGAGUUCGUCGGAACAGGGUUCUGGAUAACUACCCCAUGCCCAUCGGUCACUUUUGGAGGGGACUGCCUGGAGAUAUCGAUGCUGCCUAUGAGAGGCAUGAUGGCAAAUUCGUAUUCUUUAAAGGAAACAGAUUCUGGCUUUUCAGGGAGGCUAACCUGGAGCCAGGCUACCCACUCGAACUCGUCCAUUAUGGCCAAGAUAUUCCAUAUGACCGAAUAGACACAGCCAUCUGGUGGGAACCAUCAGGGUACACCUACUUCUUCCAAGGAGACCGGUACUGGCGUUUCAAUGAGCAGUCCCGAUCAGCUGACAGUGGCUACCCGAAACCAAUCAGUGUUUGGGGAUCGUCAGUGCCCUCUACUCCCAAGGGGGCCUUCCUUAGCGACGAUGGAGCUUACACCUACUUCUACAAGGGUUCCAAGUACUGGAAAUUUGACAACCACCGUAUGAAAAGUGAACCUGGCUACCCCAAAUCCAUCCUGCGAGACUUUAUGGGUUGCAGUGUGGACCUGGAUCCAGACAGAGACACGGACACCGACUCUGGACGCAAAUACCCAGAUGUGAACCGCCCACCAUUCAACCCAGACGCUGGACGCGAUGGCGACAAAGGCAAAGACCGGGACGGAACAGAUCGGGGCGGAACUGACAGAGACACAGGUAAAGGCACCGACAAAGACAGAGAUGAAGAUGAUCGUGAGGGUCGUGAGGAAGAAACCAACGAGGUGGACGUGGUGCUGAAGGUGGACGACAGUGAGGAGCGGACCAUGAACAUCCUGAUGGUGACCAUCCCACUCGUCCUGGUGCUGUGCAUCUUGGGACUCAUCUACGCCAUCAUCAACACACUGCAGAGCAAAGGGGCGCCGCGGCUGUUGGUGCACUGCAAACGCUCACUGCAGGACUGGGUCUGACCCUUGACCCUAGCAGGCGCUGAACUUUGAACUUCAAAUGGACGUAGACACCUGCUCUGACACACAUCUCUUCUAAUCCAACUUCCCUACCAGUGAUCCAUCUGUUUCUGUGCUCAGUGGCUCCUGCAAAUCUUAGUACAUGUGAUAGUAGAUCCAAGCAAAUACUGUACUGAUACAGAAACAACAACUAGAAAGUAGAAGCAUAUGUCUUAUACAUACAGAUGCACUCACAAACACACCUCCUCCCGUCUCCCAUGGUGCUCUACAAUGCGGUGACUGUAGUCUAUUUAUAUGAGAGAAGUUUGCACAUUGUUUUUUUCUUUGUUUUUGUUUUGGUUCAUUUUGUGUGACUUUGUGUUGUUAUUAUAAUAUCUAAACCAGGAAGGCCAUUUUAUUCUGACUCCAUCUCUGCACUGCCCUCCUCCUUCCCCAGAUCUCACUAGGGACUCAUGUUAACACGAUUGCGGAAAAAAAAGAAAUGUAACGAGUCUGAAAAGAGAGAGUGAUGAGUAGACAAGCUGUUAUCCUUCAAGAGGCUUUUUUUUUCUAAAGCUUGUUCCAUCUCAUGCUCUUUUUCUGGUCUGUUGUACGUCAUAGGGCAUACACACUUUAGUUUGACCUCUUCAAAUGGUCAUUAGGCUUAUGAAUGUUAUUUAAAGUCUAUUUUGUUGAGCAUUACACGCCUUUAUUAGACAGUGACAGUGGAAAUGUGGGGAAGAGUGUGGAACUCACUAUACAUGUGAUUAGAGCCUUAACCACUUGGUUAUCAGGUUGCAGGAGUCAGAUGAUACUUGAGUUCAUGUUUUUGGAGGCAUUAUUCUGACUUAAAGGGAUAAUUCCAAUUUAUUACUUGGCAUUUGUUUUUCAGUUUUGGUAUUCAAUGAUAUAUACGCUAUGUUAAUGGUAAAGAAAUCAGUCAAGGGAAAUUUUUAGGUGAAAAAAUGGUGCGAUGUUUUCAACAAUCAGCAGAAAGUGUUGCAAGUUAAUUCAUAUAAAAGUCAAUGAAAGUACCUCCAUAAUAAAUUGGAAUUAUCCUGGAAAUUCAGAUUGCUACUGCCUUGUUUUCCCUCUUUACCUCGUGACUGACAUUAGGUUUACUCUUUCCUUCCCUUCUUGGAAACCAUUCAGAGCUCUUUUGCCGUUAAGGUAAACAGACCUUAAAACGGACCUCUUCCAUUAACUUACAUUUCUGUGUCUAAUUCUCAGAACACUUCUUUCUGUCAACAAGACCUUUUGCCUUGUACUGCAGAAGAGAGAACAUUGGUUAAUUUAAAAGUUAGCUCACUGUGAAAUAACAGAGGAUUGAGCGUUCAUUUUGUCUGAGUGCAACAUAAAACAAAGGAGAAACAAUGUCAAGCCAUGGCCUUUAGGUUCAGAACAGGAUGUAAGAUCCAAAACCCAGCACAUCAGUGGCAGGGUGCAGCUAAUGUAGCAUGCAGUCCAUAAUGGACUUUUUACUGCUUUUUAAGAGGACAUUUUAGAAAAGCUCAUUGAUGACCUGUUGGUUCUCUGAUGUUGAAGCUGGAAGCACCGGGGUGGGCUGGGUGGGCUGCAUGGACACGGGCUCACGUGAACAAAAACUAAUCCGCUUCAUUAAAACACAGCAGGUGCGCGCAAAUGCUGUUAACCCCUGCGACCCGUAAACUAAACCUUGAACUUCAAGAAACUAAAAACUUCUCAUUCCCUUUUCAUCUUCAAGAACAGAGACAGGAUGAAAAACAUUUGCUCUGAGUUCACAGAACAAAUGUCUGUGUUAGUCACUCUGCUUAUCUGCUAUGUUUUUUUUAUUUAAAACUUGAUAGCUAACCAGAGGUUUUAUAUUACUUCUGGUAGCCAUAAUUGUCUUCUCAUUUAGGCAUCAAAAUUAACAUAUUUCAGGUGUUGGAGCUGCAAGAGUAGCUGCAACAACUAACCAAUGACUCUGUUGAAAAAAAUUUAAAUUUUACGAUGACUGAGUAACUUGAAAAUCCAUAACCAUUUAACGUCUUGAAGAAAGUUUGUCUGUAGGUUUUGGACUGCAUUUUGUUCCAGACAGAAUAUUCUGAAUAUUUUCCUUUUUGCACUAGUUUCUCAUGGAAAUACUUGAGAAAAUCUGUAAUCAAAAUGAUCAGUUAAUCCUAUUUCAGAUUUCAGAUAACUUACAGAAGGAGUUAUUCUAAGGAGCCUUUUCAAAAUAGUUCCCUUAAAUGGGGCUUAUUUGAGUCUGAAAAUAAAGCUGAAAACAGAGUAAGUGGACAGGAUGAGUUUCGAGUGGGACUUUAAAUAUCAAUGGAAGAGGAAGGCUUAUCAGGGCAUGUAUUAACAAUGUAAGCUGCCGGUCCGACUGGAGGGGGGUCAGCUCACCCAGCUCAAGUUACACAGAUGUGGACGGGGAGGGUGAGGAGAGACCGAAUUUCCUCCUGCAGCUGAGGCAAGGAAAGGGGGGAGGAGGGAAAGGGUAUGGGUGGGGGGGAGGACGGAGGGAGACUGACCUCUUCUCCCUGAGCUUGCAAAGUUAGGAGCUGAAGAAUAAGGAGGGGUGGGAAGAGAGAGGGAGAGACAGAGGCCUUUGAUGGCUCUCGCUUUCUCUGUCCAACUGGCAACAACCCAUGUGACCCAAAUUCUCCUGUAAGCUCAACAGCAGUGCCGGCCAAAGAGGAAACUUUAGCUUACAGUAGGUGACAGCCCCGUUUGUAAAAGGAAGAAAAUGCAGAGUGCUUACCCUGUUAGGAGUUUUAAAAGCCUGCAUCGUGAUCCACUUGCACAAGCAGUCAUGAGGUGUUACAUAAGUCAAAUCUAAAAUGAAAGUAACUAUAAUCUGUCACAGUUAUUGGAAAAAUACAUAAGUGUUGGCGAUUACGAAGGGUUUACGUCCAAAAAUGUUGCUUUCGUUAAAUGUAGAUUGUAAAAUACCACAUUGAUUUAACCUUGCUUUUGCCCUCUUAUGGCAUAUUUCCAGACAACAUAGGUCAGAAAAGCUUUCAGAGUAAAUUUAUCCUGUUUCUACGCUCCAUUUAGACACAGUCCAGUCUUUUUUGUAGGAUCAUAACGUCAUUUAGUUCUCUUAUUUUAAUGUGCAUUGCCAAUCAAAGCUAAUUUACACUUUUUCAGCAUGUUGAAAAGUUAACAAGUGAGUGCACCAAGUAUCUAAAACAGUUACAUUACUUAUAUUUUUAACCCAUUAACACUGCUAGCGCAUCAUCUAUAUUUGGUGUGUUGACAGGCCCUGCAGACGCACAACGCUGCUGCUCCAUAAUGCAUUCCACAGCAGUAGGUGAAGACAGAGACAGGUUGAAACACCUAAGCAGACAGAGGUGAAGUAAACUGGACACUUGCACUGAAAGGUAGAAAAGAAAACGCAUAAUCGCCCAUCACAAGAAGUCUGGAGAUUGAUCUGAGAGCAGUCGAUAACGGUUGCCAGGAAACUGUGUCCUGUGUCCAUCACUCACCUCGUCAUCAUCGGCACCGGGGGGGUGGGGGGGUGAGUGGGGGUUACAGUGGAGGGGGGAAAUGCAGCUAAUCAGUGUUAAAAGCACCAGCAACCCCUCCUCCCUCAUGGUCUCUUCUAUCUCUCCUCUGCCUUUCUAUUGGCCCUUCAGACACAUCAAUGAACAGCGGAGUGCUUAGACAGCUCAGUGUCUGGACAAGCUCGGAAAAAUGUCGACUCAUUGCAACAGACACAAUGUUAUAGACAGCGUUCUCGCUUUAUCAUUACCUUUUCUUUUCUCCCCUGCAACCUCUAUCCACAGAUCCCAUGGGGACUUUAUCCACUUCAAAAGCUCAAGUUAUCUUCUCGUACCUGCUGUACUUCUGAUCGCAGUUUGAAUGAUUCAGCAGUUUGGGAGAUUCUCCGUGAGAUGACGCUAACUUUGGAGAGAAUUCACUGAAGUUUAUUAUCUGAGGGUAGCGAGCAUAAAACACAGAAAGGAAAAGAAAGCUGUCGCGGUUGAUUGAAGCGUGCUUGUUUGCGUGCAUGUUCACUUAAUCAGCUCCACUCUCCGUAAGCGAGGCCUGUGUUUUCAGUACCGACUGUAAAUCUCCCACACUCGCUCUCGCUCUCUCCCCACCCCUCUGCAUACUCAGCCCGGCCCUCUAAGCCCGAGGGGAUCAUAACAACAACAAUGGCCUUCUCUCUCCCUCACUCCCUUCCACCUCCCCCUAUUUUGUCUCUCUCUCUCUCUCUCGCUCUCAAACACACACACAAACAUAACACAUUAUUGUCUUCCCCCAACCUUACCUUCCUCCCCUCCUUCCCCUUAGGAAACCAGCGCAAGGCCAAGGUCCAGCUUCUUUAGAUCCAACUUCUCGUCUUACUUUCUGGUCCUGAAAGUCUUGCUCGAUUCAGUUCAACACUGUGGAAGGUUUGAGCUGAAACACUGUAGAGUCUAUGAGAACCUCCAGGCAUGGUAACAGGAUGUCACAUUUAAAGUUAAAGUUUCAAAAGCUGAACUUUUAUUUUCAUCUUGUUCGUCUUGAAGCGAAGGGCUUUGAUGCCAACUUUAGGUGAGGUGAAGACAUCGCAGAACUUGUCUGAGCUUUCAUCUCUCUCAGGAUGUGUUGCUGUAAACACUGUGUAAAAGCAUUUCACUUUCCUGAUUCAGGCUCUGAACAGCGGCUUUCUACCUUCCUGGUUUGCCUUUUUUUUUUUUUUUUUUUUUUUAAGGAACAUCUUUGUUAAGAUCUUCUCAGUUGUUCUCUCUGUACUGUCUUUUCCCAGAUUCCUGUGUAUCCCUGUACUGCCUAAUAACUUCAGGCUUAAAAAACAAAAAAAAAUCCAGUCAUUGCGUCAGGCCUGUG